AGCUUGUGAUUGAUGACUUGAUGGGGAGCGCUUUAAUGAAGCCGGGAGAGAGGGAUAGGACACCGCCGCGAUCUGUUACCGGUUUUGUGGUCCGUAUUCCCUCUCUUGAUAUGGCAUACCUAUUACUCGGCAUUCGCGCCGGGCGAAAGUGUGGACCCUAAGGUCUGCCGAGGAAUGGAGUGCUGCUGCGGUCUCUCCUUGCGGUCUUCGGCUUCCGCUCUUCUCAGUCCUCAGAAUUUUUCUACACCUGAAGACCUUUCAGCAUAUGAUGGUAUUGAAAUGAGGGUAAAAGGUGAUGGACGUCGUUACAAGCUCAUUUUACGUACUAGUUCUGAUUGGGACACGGUCGGUUAUCCUGCAAGCUUUGACACUACAAAAGAGCAGUGGCAGACAAUAAAGCUACCAUUUUCUUCAUUUAGGCCUAUAUUUCGUGCUCGGACUGUGGUUGAUGCUGCACCUUUCGAUCCAAGCAAUAUAAUUUCACUUCAGCUUAUGUACAGCAAGUUCGAAUAUGAUGGAAAACUCAACCCAACUUUUGUGGAAGGAUCAUUUCAGCUUCCAUUUUCAAGCAUACGAGCAUACAUUAAUGAGUCUAUCACUCCCAGGUUUGUACAUGUGAGCUCUGCAGGAGUUACUCGACCUGACAGACCCGGACUGGAUCUAAGCAAACAACCACCUGCAGUGCGCUUGAACAAAGAGUUAGGAUUUAUCCUCACUGAAGUUGUUCAUUCUGUAUUUUUACUUCAGGGUGAAGAUUUGAUACGUGAAAGUGGUAUUCCUUAUUCAAUUGUUCGACCAUGUGCACUAACAGAAGAACCUGCAGGAGCUGAUCUCAUUUUCGAUCCAGGAGACAAUAUAACGGGUAAGAUCUCAAGGGAGGAGGUUGCACAAAUCUGUGUUGCGGCUCUGAGUAGCCCUUACGCAUGUGGGAAGACCUUCGAGGUUAAAAGUACUGUGCCGUUCAACGAGCCUUACGUGGUCGACCCUGAAAACCCUCCCCCUGAAAAGGAUUACGAUGAGUACUUCAAGAAUCUGAAGGAGGGUGUCACAGGCAAAGAAGCCUCAGAAGGGAGCCCGGUGCCAGUUUGAGAUUUAUGCAUAUGCAGAGUUGUUUGCAUCCUAAUCCUACUUGUGCAGAUGUUAGCUUCUUCCAAAUGUAUGUCAAGCCAUGCUCUAUAAAUGUAUCAAUAACAACAGUCUAUUAUUUGCUUGAGGUGCAAAUAUGAAUCAAAGACUUCUUGCACUGAUUUUCUUGUCA